UGGACAAACAAAUCAUUACAGGCAAAACUGAUGUUUUUGGUGAUCUUUUGAGAUUCUUUACCUCUCUAGAAAUAUUGAUCAGACUUGGUAACAUGGAUAAGUACGUCGAUUGCAUUGCAAAAGGUCAAAAAACGAAUGACUCGAUGUCAACUGAAAUGCUACGACUAUUUUCACUACGUAAUUUUCCUCGAAAUAUAAACAUAAGCAUGGUUCGUCUCGCCGGAGCUGGAUUUUAUUCUACGGGGAAUUCUACUGAGACUAAAUGUUUUGUAUGUGAAGUUUUUUACCCUGACUGGAUUUCCGGUGAUGAUCCUAUGCAUAUUCAUAGACAAAUAUCUCCUUCAUGUGACCUCGUUGUGAACGGUAACAGGCAGGACACUAUUGGAGAGGAAUUGCAAAAUGUAAGAAGACAGGAGCGAUUGGAAGUACAAUCAUUUAAUCUCAAUGUUCUAUCAUCAGGCAAUGAUACGUUGCACUUAAAUGAAAAUAAUUGUUUAUCAAACGUUUUAACUAGCGAACAGAAACAUAAUGAUAUAAGUGAUAUUACGUCCUCCGAUAGACAUUUCCCCCAUCAUGAUAUUGUGGAAGAUCAACCUACUGUCGUAUCGCCUCAAUGGUCUCAAAGCAAUGCUAGUAAUACUUAUAGUGAUAAAAAUCCCACCAUUAACUGUAAAAACAAUUCACAGAAUAUUGGUAUAACGAAUAAUUCUACAGCGUGCAAUUAUGAAAGAGAUUCUAGUAAUAAUCAGCGGGAUAUUUGUAUUCAAAACCAAAUUCCAAGAUACGUAAGCUAUGCUCCCCUUCAAGUGCGAAUAAGUUCAUUUGAAGGAUGGCCAGGAUAUUUAAACCAAACACCACGUGAGAUGGCAUUAGCUGGUUUCCUGUUUGCUGGGUACCAUAACUACACUAGAUGCUUCCACUGUGGCGGAGGACUAAGAAACUGGGAUGCAGGUGAUGACCCAUGGGUUGAGCAUGCUAGCUGGUUCCCGCAAUGUGGCUUCCUGAAACAAAACAAGGGAGAGAACUUCAUACAAGCUGUUUUGAAAAAGCAUUACAUGGUAUUCUUAUUUGAUCAAAGAGGUAACAGAAACAGCACCUACACUCCUAAAAAACACCAAGAAGAUCGAACUGUCACAUCUAAUAGGAAUACAACCAUGGCUUCCACUUUUGUGUCCGGGUUGGACAAGAGUUAUAUGUGCACACCAGAUUACCAAAACCAAUCAAAUAGCAGAAAUUCAUCAUCGGGCAUACAACCAGUUACUAAAGAUAGUACCUCUUUUGCUUCUAGGGUGAAUACGACUUAUAAUUCUGUUUCCACUACAAAUAUAGAACACACAGAGCAAAUGAUAUUGCAAACUAUUGCAGCUAGAACUGUUGUAGAGAUGGGAUUUACCAGCCAGCAAGUAAUGGAUGCUGUAAAUGAAAUUCAGAGACUAAACGCAGUUGAAAGAUUCUCAGAUAUUUCAGCAACAGAUAUCAUGAAUGUUCUUCUCAGAGAGGGCAUCCAGCAAACAAUAGAAGUUUUAGGUGUUUCAGAAACUAGCACAGCAGAAGGCAUAGGUGGCGUUUCUUUUGAUGUUUUUCCAGACACUCAUUUGAUUUUAGAAGAAAAUAGGCAGCUACAAGAACAAAGAGAGUGUAAAGUGUGUAGAGAGUUUGACUCUACUGUCGCUUUCUUACCAUGCGGACAUAUCGUAUGUUGUAUAGAUUGUGCUCCGGCAAUGCGAAAAUGUCCUGUAUGUAAAAUGUAUGUUAAAGGUACAGUGAAGACAUUCCUUGCAUGAGGCGAUAUGAAAGAUUUUUACAAUUAAAGUUAUCGUUAGAUUGAAAACGUAUCGAAUAUCACGUCGAAAGUUUCAAUUAGUCGAUGUAAUUGCUCAAUGAACUUGGACAGAUAUUUGCGUCCGUUUAUACGUACACGUUAGUCAUCGCAUUAUUCAAUGAAAUGAUCAAGAAGAAGGAAAUAGUCAUCAGAUGAUCAGCUUACAGUAACAGAGAACAUAUCUUUAGAUAAAGACUUUCAUUCCGACAAUUUUCAGUUAUCUUACGGUCUAAUUCAUGGAUAGACAUGUAUUUUGUUUAUACAGCGACUGAGGUAGCUAUUGAGGACUAAUAGUCAUUCUACUUCCACUGUCGCAAUGACUGUUCUGAUUUAAUACGAUUAGGUUUUCCUUGUUUCUUUUAUUUCAUGAAAGGGGUUUGUUAGUAAACCCUAAUUUAAAUGUU